GUGCUCCAUUCAUUGGCAGCUGCUCAGCCUGUAGGGAUGCAUGUCUGCCAUUGGGACAAAAUCUCACAUAUCACUGCCACAUAUCAGUGCCCAUCUGAGCUGCCUUUCCGUUCCAGUCAGUGCUGCCUUUCAGUGCCCAUCAGUGAUACCUGUCAAUGCCCAUCAGUGCUGCCUAUCAGUGCCUCCUCAUCAGUGCCCAUGACUGCAGCCUCAUUAGCGCACAUCAGUGAAGGAAAAAAAUUGCUUGUUUACAAAAUUUUUAUA